UUCUCGUGUGCGUGUGUGUGGUGGUUUUGGCGCUUUUGGGGGCCACCCCCGGCGGCCGGAGAGGAGGGAAGGGGGGAGGCCGAGGAAGUCAGCGCACUUUUUUCCCCCCGGCCCCGCCGCCCUCGUCCGAGCUGGCUCACCUGCUGCAGGGCCCGGCCAUGUACGGCAUGCUGGACGGAGGAGAGAUCAAGAGCCCCGUGGCCGGGCCUCCCGCCCCGGGCGGUGCGGGGGGCAACGCGGGCCCGGGGGCCAACGGCAAGGCCGGAGGAGGAGGAGGAGCGGGAGGAGGAGGAGCAGCGGGCGACCAGGACCGGGUCAAGCGGCCCAUGAACGCCUUCAUGGUCUGGUCCCGCGGCCAGAGGCGCAAGAUGGCCCAGGAGAACCCCAAGAUGCACAACUCGGAGAUCAGCAAGCGGCUGGGCGCCGACUGGAAGCUGCUGACGGACGCCGAGAAGCGGCCCUUCAUCGACGAGGCCAAGAGGCUGCGCGCCGUGCACAUGAAGGAGUAUCCGGAUUAUAAGUACCGGCCCCGGAGGAAGACCAAGACGCUGCUGAAGAAGGACAAGUACUCGCUGCCGGGCAACCUGCUGGGGCCGGGGGCCGGGCCCGCCGUCGGCAGCCCCGUGGGCGUCGGGCAGAGGCUGGACCCCUACGGCCACGUCAACGGCUGGACCAACGGGGCCUACUCGCUGAUGCCCGACCAGCUGGGCUACGCGCAGCACCCGGGGAUGGGCAGCCCGCAGCUGCCGCAGAUGCACCGCUACGACAUGGGGGGCCUGCAGUACGGGCCCGUCUUGCCGCCGGCCGCUCAGAGCUACAUGGCAGCGGCCGCGGCCGCCGCCGCCUACGGGGCCGUGGCUCCGGCCUCCUACGGCCAGCAGCCCACGGCCGCCGCCUCCUCCUCCUCCGCCGCCACGGCCACCAUGAGCCUGGGCCCCGCCGUCAAGUCGGAGCCCAGCUCGCCCCCUCCCACCCUGACCUCGCACUCGCACUCGCACUCGUCGCAGCGGGCCUGCCUGGGCGACCUGCGGGAUAUGAUCAGCAUGUACCUGCCGCCCGGCGGCGACGCCACAGACGCUUCCUCCCUGCAGGCCGGACGGUUGCACGGCGUCCACCAGCACUACCCGACGGCCGGGUCAGGGGUCAACGGCACGGUGCCGCUCACCCACAUCUGAACCCCCGUAGACUUUCAAACCACCACCACCCCCCUCGGAAGGAAAUCCGUUCCUUUACCCGUUGCCCCCACCCACCCACCGAAAAGACAAACUCGACGGACGGCACCAACUCUCCCGACCCCCCCCUCUCUAAGCGCU